AUAUCUUGACGUUCAUAUUAAAACACAGCCUAGUUGUAGAAGCCCAAACGGGAAUUGAUAGCGCCAGUGUCCAGCAGCAAACAGCCGGGUAGAGCAUUUUAGUCGCCGGGUGGAGUUGUUGUUGGUUAUCGCCUUUUUACGCGGAGAAACGGCUUAAAGGUGACGUGAUGUGAAAAAAGAGUCCGGGCGCCAUCGGAGCAGUCCAGCCGACUUUCCAGCAUUAAAGACUUGACUUGAGACUGAAUAUGAUCAACGCGUUGCUUCUCCAUCUACCAGCUAAAAUUCGCCCUAUCUAAACUAAUUUCGGUAAAGAUUCACCGAGAGUUGUAACCAAACUUCUGCCUGCACGACUUCAGAUGAAUGAGGGACAAGGUGUUGGCUUUACUCUGUCUGUCCUUCAAGCAUUCCUGUGACUGUGACCUUUGGAGUGUGUCAUGCAGCAUUCAAGGGGGAGGGUAGAGUGAAGAUUUCUGCAUAGACACACUGGGUGUAUUUAUAUUUGAAAAGGAAGUUGUUUUGCUGCUAGUACACGCAAGUUUUUGGAUUGAGAAACCAAGACUACUAAUAGAAGAUGUCCUGAUAACUACAGACCUGCAGGAAGAACAAGCCAGCGAUCUGCCAACCAGGAGUGAGCAAUAUAUAGGUUUCAAGCUCCAGUUCACAAAACAGGCAUCAUGUCUUCCCGGGAGCGCCGCUCUGAGGUCUACAUAAAGGCGGAGCCGAGCAGCCCGGAGGGAGGCGGCGGAGGCCGGACCAGCCCCGGCGGGGUCUCCUCGGACUCCUCCCAGAGCGGCGGCGGGGGCACCAGAGGAGACGGCGCCAAGCGCUACUCGCCGCCGCUCUACACGCCGGCCCUGCGCUGCCAUUUUAAAGACGAGCCCGGCGACGGGGCGGAGGAGGGCUCCACCGGAAACGGAGCGGGGCGCUGCAAGUACGCCCUGAGCACGCUGCCCAAGAGGCUGUGUCUGGUGUGCGGCGAUGUGGCUUCAGGUUAUCAUUACGGCGUGGCGUCAUGCGAGGCUUGCAAGGCCUUCUUCAAGAGAACCAUUCAAGGUAACAUUGAGUACAGCUGCCCUGCAUCAAAUGAGUGCGAAAUCACCAAAAGGCGAAGGAAAGCCUGCCAGGCAUGCCGCUUUACUAAGUGCCUCAAAGUAGGCAUGCUGAAAGAGGGAGUACGUCUCGACAGAGUCAGAGGUGGAAGGCAGAAGUACAAAAGACGCCCGGAGGUGGAGAACGCAACAUAUCAGAACGCCCCUCUAUCUCUGACGAAAGAGAGCGAAAAAGGUUCCUCCAACAUCAUCGUGUCCCACCUUCUAGUGGCCGAGCCCGAAAAGUUAUUUGCCAUGCCGGACCCUCUGCAGCCCGACACGGCCCAGCGGACCCUCACCACCCUCUGUGACCUCGCCGACCGCGAGCUGGUUGUGAUCAUUGGCUGGGCCAAACACAUUCCUGGCUUCCUGUCUCUGUCUCUAGCAGACCAGAUGUCCGUGCUGCAGUCGGUGUGGCUGGAGGUGCUGGUUCUGGGCGUAGCGUACCGCUCCAUCGGCUGUGAGGACGAGGUGGUCUUCGCCGAGGAUUUUGUCCUCGACGAGGAAAUGUCGCGCGUCGCCGGACUGACGGAGCUAAACGCGGCCAUCAGCCAGCUCGCACGCCGUUUCCGUGCGCUAAAUGUGGACCGAGAGGAGUUUGUCAUGCUGAAAGCCAUCGCCCUCACAAACUCGGACUCUGUUUACAUCGAGGACAUGGAGGCUGUGCAGAAGCUCCGGGACAUCCUCCACCAGGCCUUGCUGGACCUGGAGUGUCAGCGGUGCCCGGACGACCGCCAGCGGGCGGGGCGUCUCCUUUUAACAUUGCCGCUCCUACGACAGACUGCCGGCCGCGCGCUCACCACCUUCUACAGCAUCAAGACCCGUGGCGGCGUUCCCAUGCACAAACUAUUUCUGGAGAUGCUGGAAGCCAUGAUGGACUCUCCGUAGAGUGUGGAGCCAAAGGAAAAAGAAAAAGAAAGGAAAAAGAAAAACAAACCAACAACAGAGAUGGUCUACAAGACUGGACAAGUGUUUUUUUUUUUUUUUUUUAAAGAAAAAAACAAAAACAAAAAGGAAAGUUUUUAUUAGAACUAUUGAGGGAUUUAUGCUUCUCAUUUUAAGCAAGGAAAGUGUAAGAAAAUAAACUGUAUUCACGUUUUUUUA